ACAGAAUGUUUGUGCGGGGAAGGGGGCGGUGGAUGCAGGCCAAUGAUAAGCAGCUAUGGGGUCGGGCUCCUUUGGUUUAAAAAGUUCAAGUCAUUAUUCUCUACACCGCUAUUCAGCCCAGAAUCCCGUUAGCUCAUUGUUAUUCUGCCCGAGUGAGGGAGAGAGGGAUAGUGCGAGAGAGAGAGAGGGCAUUGUCAGAGAAAGAGUGAAAGUGAGGGAGAAUGGACGACCGAGCGUCUAGCGCUUAGAAGACUAGCAAAUCAGUUUUAAAAAGAUUACUGAAAGUCACCUAACAAUUUUGUGAUUUAAAACCAGGGCGUGAGGGAAAACGUAAAAAAACAAUCUGUUCACAAUGAAGAAAGGUACAGAGUCUGACCAUAAUUUGUGAGAAAGACGGAGAGAUUUAAAGAAAGGGAACCGAAGGGGUAACAGGGAUUCCAAGCAGCGGUGGGUUAACAGCCCCCCAACCCCCCCUCUACCCAUAAAAGAAGGCGAAAAGUAAUAUUAGACGGCGAAAGGAGGUGCAAUAAGACAAAGACGGAGUUGCAUGUAUCUAUUUUCAGCGAUGAAUUUUAAAGAAGGGGGUUGUAGUCUGUUGACAUAAUUCCAUUCAGGAGAAGGCCGAACCAGCACACAGGAACAGCAACAUGUCCCGCUCAGAAGAGGUCAACAAGAUGACUGAAAACGUGUACAAGGGGAUCCUGGAGCAGUUUAAUCCCAGUCUAAAGAAUUUUGUCACAAUGGGGAAACACUAUGAGAAAGCCCUAACAGGAGUCACAGUGGCAGCCAAGGGCUAUUUCGAUGCUCUGGUCAAACUGGGAGAGCUGGCCAGUGACAGCCAGGGGUCCAAAGAACUGGGUGACACGUUAUUUCAAAUGGCCGAGGUGCACAGACAGAUUCAAGUGCAGCUGGAGGACGUGUUGAAGCUGUUCCACUCUGAGCUGCUUGCCCAGCUGGAGCAGAAACUGGAGCUGGACAUUAAGUACUUGACGGCCACUCUGAAGAAGUACCAGACUGAGCGCAAGUCGAAGGCGGAUUCCAUCGAGCGCUGCCAAUCUCAGCUGAAGAAGCUUCGCAGGAAGAGCCAGGGCAGCCGGCACCCCAACAAAUAUGGGGACCGAGAGAUGCAGUUUGUGGAGUUGAUGAGCAGGCGCCAGGGGGAACUGGACACCAUGGUUGCUGUUGGUUACCGUUCGGCCUUGACAGAGGAGAGGAGGAGGUACUGCUUCCUGGUGGACAGGCAGUGUGCCGUCACCAAGCUCCUCAUCAACUACCACAGCAAGGUGAGGGAGCUCCUGUCCCAGAAGCUGUCGUCAUGGCAGCAGUCCUGCACACAGCCCACACGACUCCCGGACAGAGCCCUCAACCUGCUCCGACACACGGCCCCUCAGGGGUCUGGGGCUGCUGGGAUAGCUGAGGUCCUCCGACAUGCCAAGCUGGGUACUUCACAGGCACAUGAGCAGAGACUGUCUGUCCAGGAAGUUCCCCCUCUGCUCAAUGGCGAAACCACCCUUCGUGUGCAGCGUGUCAAUCUCUCCUCCCAGACCGAGACACUUACCCACAAUCCUCCUGGCCCCCAAACCUUCCGCACCAUCUCUGCGCAGUCACCGCAACAGACCUCCCUCAGUAACAGCAACAGCAACAGCAGCACCGUAGCCAGCACCAGCCAUUCCCAACAUACGUCACUCCACUCGACAACCAGCAACUCCAGCCUCUCCAACAAUGCACCUGCUGUUUCUCUCAGCCACUGUUCCCCAGUAUCCCACAGUUCCUUGCAAGGCUUAUCCCAGAAUGCUCCCCAGAGCCCUCCUCUUCCCCACAGUGCCCCUCUCUCUAGGGCUAUGACACCCGUGCCACACCUGGAGAUCGCCAGCAGCUCCCCACCUUCCCACAAUCCUUUGCUCCUGAAAGCAGCUGAACUUUAUGCCACAUCCACAUUGCCUCUACCACGGAAACCAGUCAAUGAGGCCCGUUUGGGAUUUUUGGGAGCUACUCUGCCUCGAGUCCUCCCUCUUUCCCCCCCUCCCAGAGUAGAGGCCCUCUUCUCCCAUGCUCCUGGAGGGGUGGAGGGGGUUGGAGGAGGGGGGUCCUGUCUUCUGCACUUCCUCCCAGGAGAUACCCUUAUUCUGUUGAUCUCUGAGCCACGGGAUGGGUGGCACUAUGGACAAAAUGAGAGGACUGGGCGGAAAGGCUGGUUCCCCUUCUCUUACACCCAGCCCUACCCACGCUCACCCAAGCAUCUUGAAAAUAGCUCGCCGCCUCUCUCCAAAGCCAACAGUAACAGCACAGGAAACCUGGACAAGCUGGGAUCCCCUGGAGCGCAGCACCUCAGUCCAGAGGCGGGGGAAGACCAGUCCUCCCCUCCACACACAGUUAGCACCUUCCGCCCCCGCCCUUACAGCAUGGUCAACCCUGACACGACUCAGGUCAGGCGCUGGAAGGAGCCAGAACCCUUCCCAAAACUUUCUGCAGAAUUUGCUUCCCCUCCACCUUCCCCAACAAGGGCCAAUCCAUUCGCCCACAUUCGGCUUCGAAAGACAGUGACCAAUGAUCGUUCUGCUCCUGUCAUCCAAUAGCAGGCCUGUCUGGAGGAUCAACCAAUAGGAUAACACUCUUAAAGAAGGUUAUUUUUAAAUUCCAUUAAUCAUUAUGAAUACAUAGAAAGAACUUUAACUGGAAGAGCACUGUCAAAAAAAAUCCUGGGAUUACAUGUUUUUAUGUAAAUUGAGCAUUUGUAAUAUGUUUCAGUGAGCCUGAAAAGGUCAGAUUUUCUCAUUUAUCGUCUUAUGUCUAACAUUGAUUAUUCUGCAACCUAGGUCAUGUACUUAACCAUAGUAUCUUAACCUUUUUUGUCCUCUCAAUUACUUUGCGUAGCACAUUACAUCCUUUCAUUUAUAGGGUGGUUGACUGAUUAUAUUGCCUUGUGAAUCAUAAAUGCGUAAAAGUGAUAAGGAAAUGUCACUGCUCCCCUUUUUGAGAACACACUGGAUUAACAUUCAAAAGGUCCCCUGAGAAAUCAAGGAUACCUGGCCAAAACGUGUGACCUUCAGGCCAAGGAAAUACUUUAAUUGGAUUGUGAUAAUUUGGUUAUAGUUACUUUAGAUUAGAUUUUGCCAGUUUUUUCUUCUUUUUUUUUCUUUUUCAAAAUAAUUAGCUCAAAUGUAGCCUGUAUCUGUUAAAGUCACUGCUGUAGCUGAAAGUAUGCAUUAGGAUUUUAAAUGCUAAACUAGGGGGAUUUGUCCUUGUUGAAUAGUAUUGAGUUGUAUAGUGUGCUUUAUUUUAGUUGAGCUAUUUGGAAAUAAACCUUUCUGCUUGUCACAGGAUAUAGUAGAUAUUUUGCAGGAAUUUUAUUUCAGUUCAGGUUUUAAAUUUAAAAUGUGCUCAAAAAGAGGUGAUUCCUUUUUUAGUUAAAUUUUUUUACGCCAUGCUUUGGUUUUUCACUGUUUCAAAUGAUUUUGUUGUGCAGUAUUUGUAGAUCUGUCUCAUCUCUGCCAGUUUAGAAGAGCAGAAUCUGCAGCUUCUCUACAUUCUGCAUUGUGAUUCCUGACAAUGGGCAUACCAUUGCAAUAGGACCCAGUGCUUUAGCUGGAUAUUCCAUUUGCUCCCCUAUGGAUAAGGCAUAUUGAAACACAUGCUUCAGGGUCUGCAGAUUCUAAUUGUCCAGACACUGGAUAAACCAUACAAAACAAUGCAGAGACACUAUUUUUUUCUUCAUUAGUUACAGUGGAGUUUGCAUUUAAUGUGUAGUCUCAGUAUUGCCAGUUAACCCUAAUUCAGUGUGAACUGGGUUCUGAUUAUUCUCUUUACCCACCAGAACCUUUUGUUACAUUCCAAUGUGUCUUUAUGUUUGAGAAUUAAAUUGGUGAAUAAAUAGUAUGCAUUGCUAAAUUUAGAUAAUGUAGUAUACAAUUGUGGCCAUAUUUCAAGGCAAAUUCCAAGUUUGGGAGAUAAGGUCUGCUAGGGUGCAUAGUUUUCUGUACUUUUGAUCCAGUACAUUAUAUGAAUUGUAAAUUUAUAUCAUAAAUGUAGCGAGCUUGAUUGAAAAUAUAUGAAGGCAGUUAUGGUACACCUGUGCAAGUAUAUUUCUAAAGAAAAAAGCAAUAUAAGAAAUCAGAAAUAUUCUUAAAAGUAAAAAAUAUUGAGCAGUGGCUACUUUGCUUAAUUUGGGGCACUAGAAAAUGCAAUUAUGCAAAGAAUCUGAGUAAAAUCGCCCCAAACUAUUAGUUAGUUAGACAUGUUUGUCAAGUGUAAGUUUGAAGGAUAGGACAUCUGUGUCUGUUUUUGCGUUUGGUCUAUCUUUAGAAUUUUCAUUUUUGUAAAUCUGUAAUUUUUGUGAUAUGCCCCUUUCAAACCCUGAAAGCAAAGGGUCAUAUUGCAUGCAGAGAAGGAUGAUGGGAGCUAGGAGCCUGUAGCCUGCAUACAAAGCUUAAGUUUAUCUUGAAUACUUUGCAGCAAUGCCAGAUGUAAUCAUUAUGGUUUGGACAGAUGAGAGUUGAGAGAAACAUGAAGGUUUAGGACUGGAUGGAGAUUUUUUUUUUUUUUAGAUUUGAAUCAAAAUGGUAGCAUAAAUGCACUCACUUUAACCAAACCCGAGUCUCACAGUGACUGCGUAUUCGAGGUAGAAGUACUGUAUUGUAGUGGACCUCAGUUUUCAUCUUUGAACUCGCUCGACUUUUUCUCACGUACUUUAUCGUGGAUCCAUCUUCUAAAGCUCCAGCAGAAGAGUGAGUGUAAGCUCAGGAGGAAUAACACUGCACCAUUUUGAGCUUGGCACAAAGAAGAAUUGUGGAGGGGUUACAGGACCAAGACUGAGGUAGAAUAAGUGGUGUAAAAGUUGUCAGUGCAACUUUGAGGGUGGAGAGGGGCGGAAGGAAGUUACUGGAAGUUGAAAUGUGCAUGAGUAAGUGUCAGAGGCAAACCAGAUGUGUGAAGUGGAUCUACUCUCAUUCUCUCUGUCCCACUCUUUCUGCCCUGCUCUGUGUUAACCUUUAUUGUUAGCUAGUAGCAUUGUUGAGACCUGAGUUUUAGCAGUAGUAGAAGUUCAGAAAUAAAGGUUGAAACUGUAUAACCAAGGCUGUUUUUUUGUUUUGCAUAUGUGGGAUUUAUACACUAAUUGAGACUAACUUUGUACACACCUAAUUUUAUGUUUUCAAGCUAUGGCACGUGCCAUUUUAGUCAUCACGAGAAAGUUACUUUAUUUUCCCUGCCUCACAGUGCUGUGGGUAGGAGAUGUUGUGUGUUAAGAAAUGAAUAUGAAAUCACUCCAAUAAAGUGCUGGCGGAAUUGUAAUACUCACAAAGUAAAUAAUGCUUGAGAUUUCUUGUAAUCACAAUGAAAUCCUAAUUCCCUUUUCCCCCAAUAUGCUAUUGAUGUACUGAUAUUAUGUAACACUUUUAUAAGUAAUUAUAAUUAUAAACUACAAAUAUUCUAGAACUUAUAAGAAGUAAAUCUGUCAUUUCAAACUCCUGCUUUUUGUAUUGGAAGCAUUUCCAUCUUCAGGAUUAAAAUACGUGCCCACAAAAAAGUGAUUGUCUGCAGUUGUCGAGAUGCAUACCCAUCAUCAGUGUAGUGACUAAUUCUGCAAAAAUAGAAGAUCUGGAUUUCAUAAGCCAUACAGUAGGCUGAAAACAGAACUAUUACUCAAGCUGAUAGGUGUCAUGUUGGAAAGAGAGAAAACCUUAUUCAUUCUGUUUUUAUUUUUUUCUCUCUGAAGUGCCCUGUGUUAUUUUCUGUUUGACUGCUCUGAGUAGCAUUGCAGUGUUUGGGACUUGCAACAGUGAGGUCAGGUAUUCAGACCUGGCUUCUGUUCCACUGUUGCAAAUGUAGGGCUGAUCUCUACUUACCUGACAUGAUGCCCUUUUGCCUCUUUAUUGUGAUACCAGCUCAAGUUCAUCUAUUUCUGAUCCAUAUUAGCGCUUUAGGACCAAAGUACAACCUUGAUUCUUCUUAUUUACAUUGCAUUCUUACAUCCAGCUGUGCUGUGUCUCUGUUCCCAUCUGAUUCAUAGCUUUGCAUUUGUGACUUUGUAUCAGUAUAGAUGAUCUGAAAUUCUGCAAAAGAGAUUAGUUGACUUGGGCUGGUUGCCAGAUUUCUGAUUGCGCACAACUAAUUUUUUUGCUGACUGUAUUUGUUUUUUGGUUUUUUUUGGAAGUUCUAAAUAAAUGUUAAUCACUAAAUGUGUUAAA